AUGUCACCGUCAGAUACUUUGCACCCCGCGACGUCGGCCCUGCACGCCGACGACUAUCUCAACUUAGUCACGGAUGUCGCGCCUCCAAUCCACCUGUCCACGAUUUUUCGAUAUCCCAAGGAGCCAGAGAGCUUGAUCCUGUCUGAAGACCCAGUGGACGAAUUCGACGGUAAGAACUAUGUCUACUCUCGAGAAUUCGCCCCGAACGCUACCCGUUUCGAGGCCGUGCUCUCAUCACUCCUAAAGGGCUACGCUGUGAGCUACUCGACAGGUCUGGCUGCGUUGCACGCCGCACUAGUCUUUCUAAACCCUCGACGUGUAUCCAUAGGGGAGGGUUACCAUGGCAGUCACGAGGUUAUUGCCGUUAUCAACCGUCUCUCUGGCUUGCAGAAGCUGCCACUCGACUGUCCGGCGGAAAGUCUGCAAGAAGGUGAUGUCAUCGUACUCGAGACUCCCGUGAAUCCGCUCGGAACUGUGUUCAGCAUCAAGGAUUUUGCCGAGAAAGCUCAUGCGAGGGGCGCAUAUCUCAUUGUCGAUAGUACAUUUGCGCCUCCGUCACUGCAAGAUCCUUUCUUGUGGGGUGCUGAUAUUGUGAUGCAUUCCGGCUCAAAGUAUUUUGGAGGCCACAGCGACCUAUUAUGUGGAGUGCUCGCGGUGAAGAGAAAGGAUUGGCAGAAGAAGCUCUUCGAGGACCGACUGGCUUUCGGCAACGUCAUGGGCAACAUGGAGAGCUGGCUUGGUCUCCGCAGCUUACGGACGCUGGACAUCCGAGUGCAGCGAGCCAGCGAGAGCUCAGGAAAGUUGAUUGGAUGGCUACAAAUUGCCUUGAAGACACCGAACCCAGUGCCAGACAGCGAGGAGCACCUCGUGCAAACUGUGCUCAAGGAGAUGUACCACGCCAGUCUGCAGGACGAGCCCUGGGUACGCGAGCAAAUGCCCAACGGCUUCGGUCCGGUUUGCUCGAUUAUCUUGCAGAGUGAAGAAUUCGCGCGGAAGCUUCCGAGCAAGCUGGCUCUGUUCCAACAUGCGACCAGUCUGGGUGGUGUUGAAUCUCUGAUCGAGUGGCGUGCAUUAUCGGAUGCCCGUGUCGACCGGAAGCUGCUGAGGAUUAGCGUUGGGUUAGAGAACUGGGAGGACUUGAAGAAUGACCUGCUUCGAGGGUUCAGGGCUUUGGUGGAGGAGAAGUGA